AUGGUUAUAAUUUGGAUCUUGUUCCUGACUCUGUUGCAGGAGCCGUGGUCCCCAGGCCGGGCCGCGGCCGUGCCCGAAGCCGCCGGAGCCGCCCCCCGGCCGCGCCGGGAUGCGGGGGGACGCGGCGGCGUCUACGAGCACCUCGGGGGAGCGCCCCGGCGCAGGAAGCUCUACUGUGCCACCAAGUACCACCUCCAGAUCCACCCCAGCGGCAGGAUAAACGGCACCCUGGAGAAGAACAGCGCCUUCAGUAUUCUGGAAAUAACCGCUGUGGACGUUGGAAUCGUUGCCAUCAAGGGCCUGUUCUCUGGCAGAUACCUAGCCAUGAACAAGAGGGGCAGACUUUAUGCAUCAGAGAACUACAAUUCUGAGUGUGAGUUCGUGGAGAGGAUCCAUGAGCUGGGUUACAACACGUACGCCUCCCGUCUGUACCGGACUGUCCCCAGCAGAGCCGGCACCAAGCGCAAAGCCAGCGCCGAGAGACUCUGGUACGUCUCAGUCAAUGGCAAAGGACGACCCAGGAGGGGCUUUAAAACCCGCAGGACACAGAAAUCCUCUCUCUUUCUGCCCAGAGUGCUGGAUAACAAGGACCACGAGAUGGUCCGGCUGUUCCACAUGAACGCGAAAUUCCGGGAGAGUCUCCUGAAGGGCCCGAGCAAGAACCAGCGCAGAAGGAGAGGACACUGAUGGGGUGGGGGUACCUCAUGCUGGAGGUGGGGAGGACUGAGAGCCUUCCAAAUGCUGAUAAAAAAACUAACAGCUGUGAUUGUACAGGAGGCAUUAACACAGACAGGUUUCACACACUGUGUAAUAGAACUGAAAACCAUGUCGCUUGCUUUUAGCUAUUGUAGGAUUGUUACCUGUGGGGAAAGAGAUGGGAGAUAAA